CUGCCCCCCUUCGAGCCCGGCUGCAGGGCAGGUCUUCCGCGGCAAGGCUGGCUGGCUGGCUGGCUGGCUGGAGGGAGGGCCAUGCCCUUUAAGCUGAGCUCCCCUCUCUUCUUGCAAGUGGUCGUGAGCUCGAUGGGCAUCCUGUCUUUCGUUCUGGACCUGGCCGCCGACCUGUGGGCUGUCGUCCAGUACAUGCUCGUUGGCCGUUACUUGUGGGCCGCGCUGGUGCUGACGCUGAUGGGUCUCUCUUCGGUGCAGCUGCAGCUCUUCAGUUGGGUCUGGAUGAGAGCCGACCCCUCUGAACUGUUCUGGUCGCAGUACUCGCAUCGUUUCCUUUUCAUGUUGCACGUGCUGCAGCUCGGCUACCUGUACAGGUGCUUUCACGGGCUGCAGCAGGGGCUGUCCUUGUGCAGUCAGGAGCUGCCGUCUGAGUUUGAGCUGGCCUAUGCAGACUUCCUCUCUCUGGACCUCAGCAUGCUGCGGCUCUUCGAGAGUUUCUUGGAGUCAACACCACAGCUCGCGCUGGUGUUGGCUAUCGUGUUGCUGACUGGCCAGGCCGAAUACUACCAGUGGUUCGGCAUCUUAUCAUCCUUUCUGGGUAUCUCGUGGGCACUGCUGGACUACCACCGGUCCUUGCGCUCCUGUCUUCCGGCCAAGCGUAAUCUGGGCUGGAGCUCCUCUGCCAUCUACUUCCUGUGGAACUUCCUGCUGUUGGGGCCCCGAAUCUUUGUCAUUUCCCUGUUCUCAGCUAUCUACCCUUAUUAUGUCGUCAUGCAUUUCUUCAGCCUGUGGCUGGUACUGAUGUUCUGGACCUGGCUUCAAGACACAAAGUUUAUGCCAAGCCCCAACUAUGAAUGGCUAUACCGGAUGUCUGUGGCGACCAUCCUGUAUUUCUCCUGGUUCAACAUAUCCGGGGGCCGCACCCGAGGCCGGGCCGUCAUCCAUUUGAUCUUCAUCUUCAGUGACAGUGUUCUGCUGGUCAUCUCGGUGUUGACCUACAUCACCUGGCUGCCCAGUGAGAUCUUAGUGGCAACGUACCUGAUUAUAGGAGCAGUCUGCUUCCUCCUGGGACUGGUUUUGCGUCUGAUCUACUACCUCUGGCUGCACCCUCGAUGCUUCUGGGAACCUGACCUUGUGGAUGGGACUUUGGGAAGUAUCCUCUCUCCAGACUAUACUAAGCUGCUUUACAACAGGCGAGCCACUCAGUUAGCACAGAACCUCUUCCCCAUGGCCCACAUGCCUCAGUUAGCACAGAACCUCUUCCCCAAGGCCCACAUGUCGGUUAUUCUGCCAGAGAAAGAGCCGAUAGUAACAAGCUGAGGCAGGAUCUGACUCAGCCAAUGAAGAUGAUGAGGUGAGUGAGGCCUUGCAAGGACCAAGGGGGUCUGCCACAUACAGGCCGUUCUCUCUUCCUCUUCACCCAAUAGAGCUUGCUGUCACCA